UCGCUCGCCGCCAUGGAUGGUUCGAAGGGGAGUGUAGGUGGCGGGGACGGGACCGGGCCCGAAAAGCCAAGCGCCGAUUCGAACCCUAGCCUUGACCCGCUCCAACCUACCACGGUGGCUGUCGAAGCCACAGAUGACGGUGCGGCCGCGGCUGCGGCCGAGGCGGCCAGGCGGCCCUUCACGGCCCUCAGCCAAGAGGAAGCUGACCUCGCCCUCGCCCGUGUCCUGCAGGAGCAGGAGCGGGCGUACAUGUUGCUUCGGAUGAACGGGGGCGGUGGCGAGGGCAGCAACUACGGGAGCUCUGAUGAAGGGAGCUACGAAUAUGACGAAGAGGGAGAGGAGGACUACGAAGAGGAACUGGAGCUCUCGCUGGUCUCAGCGAUUUUUCUUUCGUACUUGUUUAUAAUCAGUCAAACUAUAACGAAUGAUGAACAACCUAAACUUCUAUAUGCUUUUAUGAAAACCCAGGAGGCAUGGCAAGAGGUUGAUCCAGAUGAAUACUCUUAUGAGGAGCUAGUCGCAUUGGGUGAAGUAGUUGGCACAGAAAACAGAGGUCUCUCUGCCGAUACACUUGCUUCUUUACCUUCAGUAACAUACAAGCUGCAACAUGUUCAGGAUGGCAACACGGAGCAGUAUGUGCAAAUAAUUGAAGUUUUAUAG